AAUAGAACGCCAUCGUAUCGCCAUUUUGUAAUCUGUCGAGAGGUUGGAGGCAUUGAGCGUUUAGUUGUGUUGUGUAAUAUUUGAUCAUUUUUACCAACUUUUCUGCAAAUUGCGGCAGUAUGGCAGAACUUCAGGGGCCAGCAGUGUCGCAAGAUGCGUUAUCCGUAGCACAGUUGGAGUUAGGAGGUAAUCCAAACGCAUUUGCAUUAAGGAGGCCUUUUGAUCCUGUUGCACAUGAGUUAGACGCUACUUUCCGUCUGACGCGUUUUGCUGAUCUGAAAGGAUGAGGGUGUAAAGCUCCUCAGGAGGUUCUGUGGAAACUCCUCGAGGGGCUCCAGCAAGACGAUAACAAUGCACAGGAUGAACAUGCACACUUCAUGCAUAUGCAUAUUCCUCGUAUUGGAAUUGGUAUGGAUUCCUCCGUGACUCCACUGAGGCAUGGAGGGCUGUGUCUUGUGCAAACAACAGAUUUCUUUUAUCCAUUAGUUGACGAUCCCUACAUGAUGGGUAAGAUUGCUUGUGCCAAUGUGUUGAGUGAUCUUUACGCCAUGGGUGUUACGGAAUGCGACAACAUGCUGAUGUUACUUGGUGUGUCAACAAAAAUGACUGAAAAGGAAAGGGAUGUUGUUAUUCCACUGAUUAUGAGAGGAUUUAAGGAUUCGGCGUGGGAGGCAGGCACCACCGUGACAGGAGGUCAAACUGUUGUGAAUCCCUGGUGUACAAUUGGAGGUGUAGCGACAUCUGUGUGCCAACCAAAUGAAUAUAUUGUUCCUGAUAAUGCAGUUGUUGGAGAUGUAUUGGUUUUGACUAAGCCUUUAGGCACACAAGUAGCAGUUAAUGCACAUCAGUGGUUAGAGCAGCCAGAGAGAUGGAACCGCAUUAAACUUGUUGUGUCAGAGGAUGAUGUUAGAAAGGCCUAUCAGAGAUCGAUGGAUUCCAUGGCAAGACUUAAUCGUAUAGCAGCUCGUUUGAUGCACAAGUACAACGCACAUGGUGCGACAGAUGUUACAGGCUUUGGAUUACUUGGUCACGCUCAAAAUCUUGCUAGACAUCAAAAGAAUGAGGUGUCUUUUGUGAUUCAUAACUUACCAGUUAUAGCUAAAAUGGCAGCUGUUGCAAAAGCAUGUGGUAAUAUGUUUCAACUUCUCCAAGGACAUUCCCCUGAGACAUCAGGGGGGUUGUUAAUUUGCCUACCAAGAGAACAAGCAGCAGCAUACUGUAAAGAUAUUGAGAAACAGGAAGGUUACCAGGCAUGGAUAAUUGGUAUAGUAGAGAAAGGGAAUCGCUCUGCAAGAAUAAUUGACAAACCUCGUAUCAUUGAAGUUCCAGCAAAAGAAAAGGAUGGAGAGUUGUGGUAAUACAAGUUUUCAGGAGAUAGUGAAACCCUACAUGAUUUACACUCACAGCAACCUCAGAUAUCAACCUGAUUACUGGAAGAAAUGUUUUAAGUUCAUGGGAACUUAAAAACUGACAGCACAAUGUUAACAUUGUCAUCAUGUUACUACAUAAAUUAUCUUGUUUCAAAUGUUUUUGAAUCAUGUAAAUAUUCAUUUGUUUGCACAUGCUGAAUGAAAUGAAUUUAAACAAAUUAUUGCUUUUAGCUUUUGAA